AUGGUACGAUUGACUAUAGCACUGGGUUCGAAGUGUGCCACUCGUCACUACACGGUAGCUGCCCGUCCUCAAACGGGCUUUUCGCUUUUGAACUUGAGAAUUGGUUUCGCAUCGCAAGUUGGGGCACAUCCUAACUCUGACAAAAUGUUUGUUUCGCAGAUCAAGGUAUCAAACGGAGGAGCUGAUGCUUUUAAGCAGGUCUGUAGCGGACUGCGCGGGUUUGUUACGCGGGAAGAUCUGGAGGGAUCCCUGCUGGUGCUUGUAGAUAACAUGAAGAAGUGCAAAUUAAGAGGAGAAGUCAGCGAAGCUAUGAUUCUUUGCGGAGAUGACAGCGUGUCUGGCAUUGUUCAGCCCUGCAAGCCUGCAAACUUUGAUCUUACACUUGUUGGUCAGCCGGUAGUGUUAGAAGGAACACCGGCAGGCGCUCAACCAACGUCUCGCCGAAUCAAAAACAAUGAGUGGCUUGAGGUUUCUUCAAGACUGUACGUAGACAACAAGGCACGGGUGGUUUACAAAGAUCCAGAAACACAGACAGAAACGCCACUUUGUGUUUAUAAUGAGGAGAAGGCAAUUCCGAUCCUCGUCGGAUCAGUUUCACCUGGUAGCCCAGUACGCUAG